GUCUGCAGCUGGAAGAGGUCGGAGCGCAGCGCUUGGUCUGUGUUAUUUGAUACGGAGAUACCAACUGAACCCACAACAAGCACAAAGUGUGUUAAUAAAGGCACGGGCGCAAGUGGACAAAGAGCUCUACCAUGCAGAGCAGAUACGAAUGUAUUACAAAAGCAUUAUAAUGGAAGCUGAAGCCGGCAGAAUCCAUCGAAUACCAUACACUUUUAUGUAGCAUCCCAUCUCACCAACAUAAUACAAUACAAUAUCUCAACAAAUUUUGGCCUUCGUAUUUUUAUUUUUUUAAUUUUCGGUAUGAAAAAAAAUCCCUAGUACUGCGUUCUCUCUCUGUCAACCAACCAUCACAGCCAUGUCACUAGCUUAUGCUUGUAACUGCCUGAAUGUUCGGUUGCAUGUUGCUUCUACUAUUGAUUCGUCAAGCUCACUGACUGAUGAAUUGGGCUCGGAAUUGAUGGGAUGGAAAUUGUCGCUAGGUGUAGGCGGCAUUGUCAUUGAGCAAAAGCCUCUGGUUCGACUGCGACAAGUAUCACAUGCGCCGUCCUGGGCAACCCUAUCUUGCCUUGUCUGCGGCACCCAGGAUAUCUUUUCGAUCCUAUUCGACGAUCAGAUUACGCGCCUGGAUAACCCCGACUGGGACUCGCUGCUUAUACCCGAAAGCAACAGUAUCAUCAUACAUGAAGGUUUAAAGGAUGCAAGCGAGAUUGAAGCCCUCAAAAAGCUACCCAAUUUCUCCUGUACCUUCCAAUUAGUGAUACGAUCGCCCAAUGAAGCCCAGGCUAGUCAUGAUAAUCCACAGUACAAGGAACUGCGCGAAAAGCUACAGCUGACCCUUGAUGAGCGGAUGAAGCUUGAGGAGCAAAAAACCCGUGAGAGAAUUGCUGCCUAUAAAAAGCAACAGGAGGAGAGUCUGGCUGCCAUGAAAAAAACUGCACAUGAAGAGUUGGCGAUGCUCGAAACCAUCAUAUCGGAAGCGCUGCAUACGUCGCAAGUGAAGAAACCCAAAUCGUUGGAUGAGAAAAAGCACACUACAUCUGAAUCUUUAACAUCAGGCACGGGUGAAGGAUCUAUGAAAAAAGGAUCAUCACGACAACGGGUCCGAUUUGAGGAGUCUGAUCAAAACACUGCAGGUACCGAAUCUGGGAAAACGCACGAGCAACCUUCCAACCUUGGUAAAGCCAUUCAGAGCCAACGAGACAUUACAGGAGACACUGUAGAGGCCGAUGACGAGGCCAAUGAUGAGAUUAUGGAGGACGGAAUGGAGGACAAUUCUGAUGGUAAUAACACAACUUUGCAUGCUUACAAGUGGAAUCUGAAACUAACUCGAGCUUAAGAUGAGGAAAAUGUCUUUGAACUGGACGAAGAGCUAGAGACCCGUCCUGACGGGGUCGCUGACGAUGAAAAUGCAGAAGAUGGCGUGGAACCUGUUGAUGAAGAGCAAGA